AUGGCUGAUAAGGCGGUCCGGGCAGCCCCGAAAGCUGCCGUCGCCUGGGUCGGGGUUUGCCUUGGGCUGGAGAUCCUCUCGAACCCCAUCACCGAGACGAGCAUCAACCGCCGAGGAAUCGCCUAUGUGCUCUCGAGAACGGCGUGGUACUGGAACUUGGUGGACCUACUUCUCGAUGAAAACAAGGCGGAGAGGUCGACGGGAUUGCAAGACGAGCUCGAGUGCCAUAUCGUCCAGCUUUACCAAAAGCUUCUCUUGUACCAGAUGAAGAGCGUCUGUCUCUACUACCGGAACCGAGCCGCUACCGUCAUCAGGGACGUGUUGAAGUGCGAUGACUGGACCGGCCAACUCGACGAUAUCCAGAACGCCGAGGCCGCUGUGCAGAGAGACGCGGAGCAGUACAAUACCGAACAGAUCAAGCUACAUCUUCAGCAUCUCGCCACCACGGCACAGUUCCAGGAGUCCAAGUUCCAAGAUAUCUAUUCCACCAUCCAGGACCAGAUUAGGCUACGACAAGAGAGGCACCAAGACGACCGGGACAAGCAAUGUUUAAAAGAUCUAUACGUAACCGACCCGCGCGAGGAUAAGAUGCACCUUCAAGAUGCAAAGGGUGGCCUCCUCACUGACUCAUACCGCUGGAUCCUCGACCACGCCGACUUCCGACGAUGGCGAGACGACGAGCAGAGCCGACUGCUCUGGGUCAAGGGCGAUCCAGGCAAGGGGAAGACAAUGCUGCUCUGUGGCAUCAUAGACGAACUGAAGGCCUCGAUGAAGGCCCAAGGUACAACAUUGCUCUCCUACUUCUUUUGCCAGACGACCGAUUCGCGCAUCAACACCGCCACCUCGGUCCUGCGCGGCUUGAUCUACAUGCUUGUGCUCCAGCGGCCGUUGCUUAUCUCGCACAUGCGCAGCGAUAUCCUGGCCAACAUGCUGCACGACCAGAGCGUGGAAAGGGCCUACGUGGUCAUAGACGCGCUCGACGAAUGUACCACCGAUUUGCAGCGCCUCCUGAAGCUCAUCGUAGACAAGCCAUCAGCGUCUUCGCGCUUCAAGUGGAUCGUCUCGAGCCGUAACUGGCCCAACAUCGAAGAACAGUUGGACACUGCGACGCAGAAAGUACGGCUAUGUCUCGAGCUCAACCAAGACUCCAUUUCUGCAGCCGUUGGCAUAUAUAUCUCCUACGAGGUAGACCGAUUUGCGCGGCUCAAAAAGUACGACGUUGCAACUCGGGAUGCUGUUCGGGACGGCUUAUCCUCCAACGCCAACGACACGCUGCGUGCAUUCCCUCCCGGUCUUGAUGCCCUAUAUAAGCGGAUGCUAGCCCAAAUCUCCGGCUCGGAUGAUGCCCAUCUCUGCAAGCAGAUCCUGGCCGUCGUCUCGACUGUCUACCGACCCAUCACGUUGAAGGAGUUGACGUCGUUUGUUGAUAUGCCCGACGGCGUCUCCAACGACCACGAAGCACUGGCGGAGAUUGUAAGGCUCUGUGGCUCCUUUCUGACCCUCCGAGAAGACAGCGUCUAUUUCGUCCAUCAAUCUGCCCUGGACUUUCUGCUUGGAACGAUAUACGACGAGAUCUUUCCCACUGGAAUAGAGCACAUGCACUAUACCAUCUUCUCACGGUCACUGCAAGCCAUGUCCGACACCCUCGUUACCGACUUGUACGGCCUGGGCUCUCCUGGAACCACCAUUGACCAAGUCAAACAGCCCGAGCCGAACCCACUGGCCGCCACACGUUACUCAUGCGUCUACUGGGUCAAACACCUGUGCGACUGGGAUUCUCGUCCUUCGGCCAGGCAUAACUUGCUUGGCUACCAUGGCGAGAUACUUGCCUUUAUGCAGGAGCAUCUGCUCCAUUGGUUCGACGCGCUGAGCUUGACGAGGGCAAUAUCCGAUGGAGUCCUCGCAAUAUCCUCACUCGAAUCGAGAUUUGUGGCCGAUGCUGCUGACGAGCUGGCCGCAUUCGUCUACGAUGCAAAGCGAUUCAUCCUCCAUAACCGAUCAAUUGUUGAAGAGGCGCCUCUUCAAUUAUACAGCUCCGCGCUCGUCUUCACUCCAGAAAAUAGCAUCGUUCGCAGACAGUUCGAGAAGCAAGUGCCUGGCUGGAUUCACAGGCUGCCAACAAUGUCGAAGCAGUGGAGCCCGUUACUGCGCAGACUUUCGAGGGCCAUACAACUGUGCCCGAGAUAA